ACCCUUAGUGCAUGUCGCCGGAAUCGCCCAUAUCUGCCCAUACUUUCAGUAGGGAUAUUGCACCUGUCGAUUCGAAGGGCCAAGUUGUCUGUUACAGGCAUUGGGAAAGGGCCCAGCAAUUCACCUCUCACACCGUAGCCAACCCAGGUCGCGAAUUCUACGUCUGCGGAAAGCCUCGGGACGACCUGGAGAGGUGCAGUUUCUUUGUUUGGGCGGACGAUACAUCCAUACGUAUAGCUAGGGAGGCGAGAAAGCAGGAUAACGUGACCGGUAUGGAGGCAGCUACUUCUCACAGGCCUUCACAAGCAGGACGAGCACAGAUGGCGCGGUCCCCUGCCACGCCUGGCUCCACCCACAAGCGACCAAGAACACCUAGCCCUUCAGCCCGUUCCGCCUCCUUGGUCGACAUCUCAGGAACACCAAAACAUAGACGGACAGAUGGCGCAAUACCGAGUACCGGGACUCGGACACGGUCCAACUCUCCUAUCAGCACUCCCGCCAGCCGUGCGGCUCGAAAUGCCGCCAUUGAGAAGGCACUUCGGGAGGUGCAGCGCACGGCUUCGCAGCAGCCUUUGAAGAGCAUAGAUCAAGCACUUGCCGCUGCCGCUUCCCAGGAAAAACAGAAGACUCCUUCUGGAAACUCGCCUCUUCCUCCUCGGACCAAUGCUUCCUCCAGCAGAUCCUCCCGCAAGGAGCUUAUCGAAGCCGCGCUUCAGCAGGCCCAAAGUUCACGCCUUUCUGAUGUCGGUAUUGGUUCUAUGGCCACUCCACCCUCGCCCUCGCCCUCGUCGGUGUCACAGAACCCCACCCUCGUGCCCAAGAUUGCGCAACCGCAUUCAUCCGGAUUGGGUCUGUCUCUGUCUCAAGCUACACAGUCCGAUGCGGGAUACUCCAUCACAGACGAGAUUCAGCAAGUCGACAUGGAAGACGAGUCCGAGGACGACAUCGAAGACGCAGACAUGGCCGAACUAGAGCUAGAGGUGGAAGACAAAGCUAUUCAGACGGACCCCGUCGAGGACGACGAGGAGGGAUCUGACGAAUACUCCGUCAUUGACGACUUUUGGAGCUCGCCGCCCCCGCACAGCGUGAUAGGUUCUCCAGUAUCCUCCAUUCCCUUCACACUCCCCGCAACGGGCAUGGAGGUCGAUAAUGAUGCCGACCUCGGCUCCGCCGUGCCAGACUCCGCCCACCUGCAAGGCUCGGAGCGAGCUCCUGAGCGUGUGUCUUGGGCCUCACCGGCUCCUUUCCCACCUCAGACCCCGAGCUCCGGGCGGGCGGGUUCCUUGCGUCCACAUGCGUUUGGUGGGAACGUGAGCGAGGCCGACAGUGGGGGACACGGCACCAGUAUGCUUCUUACGCCCCCUGGAAGUUCCCAUUUCGACCGCCACAGCACACAGGGUAAUGUCUCUCCCUCUACGAGUCGACGUGGUCCAGGCAGCGUCGACAGUCCCCUUCUUCACGAGCGUCAAUACAGAGGGCUGGACUCAUCACGGUCUCCCUCGCCUUCGCCGACGAAGGGCGAGGGAAAGAGUCGAGAUCUACCACGCUCGCAAUGGCAAAUGAUACAGGAUGAUCCGCGGCGGGAUGUGCAGGGGAAUCCUUUCCACGAACGUGCGGCUGCGCUACGUACGGCUGCGGUGCAUGCUGGUUCUCCGAACUCGUCGUUCAUCCAAGCGGCAGUGGAGGCAGAGAGGCAGUCUGGAAGCUCAGAUGUUCUCCCAGGCUCACUCACCGCCGACAUCGUUGAACAGCAGGUCGCUUCUUUCGCGGCAUUGCCGGAAUACAUACGAAGGCUCGAGAGGAAAGAGCGGGCAGCGCAGAGGAGUGCGGAGAUCAAAGCGAAGAAGAUAGCUCAUUUGGAGGCAGAGAUACAGCGACUGAGGAAUACCAACCGCGCCCUAGAGGAGACGGUCGCUGCGUUGCAGGUACGACGGUAGUCGGGCUUGCAUCAUCAACUCUCUACAUCCACCGAUUGGCCCUUCGAUUGAUCGACCGCCCUUCACACCUUACAACGCUCUUUCUUGUCCGCCUCUCUGCUAUGUCCGAAUUGCCUCGUAAUGUCCCUCUGCUGUCCUAGUGCUUUCCCAUUCUUCCACGGUUUCUUGGCCGCUUUCCACGAUCUAUACUAAUGAAGGAACAGAUAGUCGCUGUCUUUGCUUAUUCGCUGCUUCCUCUCUGCCGGGUUCACAAUGCGGGGUAGUCGUCUUCCCCGUUCGACACCGUGCCGAUCAUUUCCCUUGGUGGCUCCAGCAAUAUCUUCCGCUUCCCUGGCCAUGGGAAACAGGCUUUGGGGACCAAGGAGGCGGGGCUGCGGGCGCCGUAUGUCGGUAUUCGGAUACGGGAUCAUUUAGUUAUUCUUGAUGUGCACUCCGCUCGUGCUCACUCUGCUCAUUCGGGUUGUAGACCCCUAGAUUGAUGUCCAUCUGACCAUGUGUGUAUUUGCAGAAGCCGCAGGGAACGACAAUGACAGAACAUGACCUUGCGAUUGCGCCCGUGACGCAUUCAAUAGCCAUGUUCAAUAUCUCGUGGAAGAGCAUAGCGCGACCUAUUCAGAUAGAACUCAACGAUGCUAUGUCUCGUGCGUAUGACCACCGCAGAAUGCUCCGAGCCACUCAGGGAUCAACAUCUGAAUUGUGAGCAUGAAGACGUGCACAGAUCUGUAUUCUGCACUUCUCGGUGGCUACGUGCUCGUCUAGCCGAGGUCUCCGAACAAGCUCAGACUCUAUGACUAAGGAAUUGAUAUACCAAGUACUGCCACAGGUUGAUAGUAGCCUAUUGUACAUAUUGU